GGUGUCCCUGUCAAGCCGUUGUUGAUCCGCAAUUUGCUUGAGCUUCGUUGAAUUGCACGGAAGUCCGCCAGACCUACCCUUUCGAAUUUCGACCAACGCCAAUGCUUUCUCUCUUCUGUGUCCUUCCGGUCAGUUCUAGCCUGUCGCUUCCGGUCGACCGCGUAUGCAGCGUAGCACCUGCCCUAUCGAUUGACGCUGUAUCUGAUACCGGAGCUUCUUGUUGUUUAACCUCAUGCUUCGCAUUGGUCAACAACGUCAUCGCGAUCGAGUCUGAUAUCACUUGAGUUGAAGCAAGCAACAUGGACGAGACGCGCCAGAACAGGCCGUCCGGGAUACCUCGCCCAUCCAAGAUUCCAAUUCGAACACAAUCACUCCGGACAUCUGCAUCUCACGAGUUACUGAAUACCGGCGCCGCGAACGGACCUCUGCGAAACCAGAAGCUACGGACAUAUCUUUCCCGCGACCAGCUGCUUUCUUCCCCGGUGGCCCAACCAACUGCAGCAUCCUUGCGCGCGGUGUCGUCGCCGACUGGUCGAGUGUCGUCGGGCCAGACUCGGACGGCGAGACUUUGUCAUGCUGCCGCAACUCCAUCUUCAAGACCAGCAAGAGGAGGUCCGACGGCGAGUCAGGGGGCUCGUUCGAGCUCAGCAAAUGCCGCUUCCAUUCGGCGUAGAACUUCGCAGCAAUGGAUCUCUGCUGCAGAGCCACCAAAAGGGCAGGAGGAGGAGGAGGACGCUGGCAUGGAGGGUUCUUGGACUAUGGCCAACAAAGACCAGGCCGAAGACCCCCUUUCGGCAUCUCCCGACAAACUGCGGCCGUCGCUUGCUGAGCGGACCAUCGAGACGCUGUCUCGUUUGCCCUCGUCUCCUUCAGUCAAAGGCAGAGCCGCUGCGUCCUUUUACGACCCAACUGUGGCGGGCAGGAGAUCACCAACGCGGCCGGGAAGUCGACUGUCUCGGCCCGACUCUAGUCAUCAGUCGGACGAAUCAGGCGGGCGGCCAAAACGCGGCAGCAGCCCAGGUUCCAACUCCGGCCUGGAGGAAUCCGUCUCAAGCCUCCGAUCCCAGAUCUCGCCCGUUGAGAGCACGCCUCUGCGCAACAGGAGGAGCCUUCAGUCGUUCCACGCAUCGUCACCGAGGACCACACCGGCGAGGCCGGUCCGGGCAUCAGUAUAUGGGACUCAACCGCCCACCACGAUCCCCACCCUACGCCCUAGAACUCCCAGCCCCGACAAGCACAUGUCACAGACCCCCGUCCCCAGGUCUAGCUCCAAGGCCCUUGCGCCCCGUCCUCCAACCAAACGCCCAUCGGUCAAUGACUUGUCCAAGAAGCCCAGUGGGGCGCCAGGGAAGACGACUGCAUCAGAGGCGCCGAGGAAAGCGUCGUUGGCCUCCCGUGGCUCAUCUAUAGCCUCCUACGAGGGGACCAACCCUUCCAGCGCGUCAGUUGCGUCCGCCAGCACUGCCAUUACUGUGGACUCUGCAGAACCCGGCCAGACGUACAAGAAGACGUCGUCAGCCUUGCGUGAGCAGAUUGCUAAGGCGAAGGCGGCCAGACGAGCUGCAUCACAGAAAGCCUCGUCUUCCACAGCUGCUGCUUCCGAGGGCGGGGCCUUCGUAUCAACCGACGCCAGUUUUGAGUUUGGGCUCUCCAGCGACCCCUUCAACCAGCAUCGCGAUGAUAAGUCCCAAGCCAAGGUAUUGAGGAGCCGGUUGGAGACGGCACGAACGAGCGGCCGGCUCAACAUUGCUGCCAUGGGUCUGAAGGAGAUUCCGGCUGAAGUUCUAGACAUGUACAACCUCGAAUCCAUUGGACAGCCCGGCAGCGCUUGGGCUGAAAGUGUCGAUCUUACACGAUUCGUUGCCGCCGACAACGAGCUGGAAAUGAUCAGUGACGCCGUGUUCCCGGAUGUUGAUCCGCAGGAACUGGCCGAGGACGAGGAUAGCCAGGGAAAUAUCUUUGCCGGGCUGGAGACUCUCGACCUGCACGGAAACAUCCUGGUCAACCUGCCGCUGGGGCUCAGGCGCCUCUCCUUGCUCACGUCUCUGAAUCUGUCUCUUAACCGGCUAUCGAACAGUUGCCUCGAGGUGGUAUGCCAAAUCAGCUCGCUGAAGGACCUUAAACUCAGCGGCAACCUCUUGUACGGGCCGCUUGAUCCAUGCUUUUCGAAGUUGGAGAACCUCGAGAUCUUGGACCUUCAUGGCAACAAUCUCUCAUCGCUACCGAACAAUUUUGGCAGCCUAUCUCGUCUUCGGAUUCUCAAUAUAAGCGAGAACGGCUUCGAAGAGCUGCCGUUUGAUCUUCUGGCUGGCUUGCCGUUACGGGAGCUGGUCGCGCGCAAGAACCAGCUGAACGGCACCCUGUUCCCGGAUGCUGUCGAUGCUCUGCCGACACUUCAGACGCUGGACAUCUCGUCGAACCAGCUUGUCCACAUCUGCCCUCCCGGAAGAACAGUCGCGAUGCCGGCCCUAAACCAGCUCUAUAUCUCCGUGAACCGUUUGCAGACGCUGCCCGACGUCAGCGGUUGGACGAGCCUGGUUACGCUCGCGGCUGACGAAAACAACAUCAACGCCAUCCCCAAGGGCUUCACAGGACUUCAGCAGCUGAGGUCCGUAGAUCUCUCGAGCAACGACAUUCGCAUCGUCCCUGCCGAAAUCGGACGGAUGGAGAACCUCGCCAACCUCCGGCUGAGCGGGAACCCGCUACGGGAGAAGAAGUUCACCUCUAUUAGCACCGAAGAGAUGAAGUUGAUUCUUGCUCAGCGACUGGAGCCGCCCGCGGUGGAGGAGGCCAAAAAAGAGACAGAACGGGACGCAUCCAUCGCCAACAGACAAGCAACAGCGGCGGAUGCGGACGCUGCCAAGCACGCCGAGGACGAUGACAGCCGUUCUGACUCGGAUGACUUCGUAACUCCGCCGACAUCUUCCCUGGACUCUCCAGACCCUUUGCGUUUAGAGACGGCCACAUGGCCCGUGAAGUCGGGCGGUGUCCUGGACCGGUCCAACACGCAGUCUUCCUCCCUCCACCCGGUUGUCUGCUCCAAGCUCGCGGCAAGCCACAAGGUGUACGAAGUCCAGCUGCAUCACAACCUCUUCACCGCGCUUCCCGAAUCCCUCACCUUCUUCGCCCAGACCCUCACCGCGCUCUCCGUCGCCUACAACCAGCUCGUGGGCGAGUCCUACCUCGGCGGCGCCUCCGGCAACGAAGUCCUCGACCUGCCCUCCCUCAAGGAACUCAACCUCUCCCACAACCACAUCACCGGCCUCGGACCGCUGGUCACCCAUCUCCGCGCCCCGCAGCUCCAGAAGCUCGACGUCAGCUUCAACCGCCUCGCCGCUCUGCCGCCGGGCACGCAGCUGCGGGACGCCUUCCCCACUUUAACCGUACUUCUAGCAUCCAACAACCACCUGGCCGACCUCGACCCGGAGUCCAUCCGCGGACUCAAGGUCGUCGACGCGGCCAACAACGAUAUCGCACACCUGAACCCGCGCAUCGGGCUGCUCGGCAGCAGCAGCAGCAGCGGCAGCGGCAAUGGCGCUGGCGCUGGCGGUCUGGAGAGGCUGGAGGUGAGUGGGAAUCGAUUCAGGGUGCCGAGGUGGAACGUCCUUGAGCGCGGUACUGAGGCGACGCUUAGGUGGCUGAGAGGAAGGGUGCCCGUGGCGGAGAUGGCCGGGUGGAAAGGGGAGGACGGCCUGGGAGAGGGGGACGAGGAGCUGGAUUGAGCGCCGCCAGUGGUGGCAUUGCCCAGGUUCCUGUUGCUGUUCCUGUUUCUUCGUCUUUGUCUUCGUCUUCGUCGUGGUGGUGGUGGUGGUGGGUGGUGAUGGUGUUGGUGUCGGGAGGGGUUGCUAUUGGGGGUGUCCUUCUCGUUUUGGUUGGGGACUCGGAAUCGUUCGUUUCCUGGUGGCGGGAUUUGGCGCGGCGGCUGCCACAUGGUUUGGUUUCUUCUUCUUGGACAUUCUAGCAUCUUUGCCAUUCAGCUGUAUAAUUCCCCCGUCUUUUAUCAUUCCUUGAUACCAACCGAUUCCUUCUUUCUUGUAAUACUAGUUAGUUCACUGGCGGAGCUGACCUUGAGGCUUCAGGGGCUCCAUGUGCCGGUUCUUUUUCUCUCGCUGAAGAAGCACUUCAGUUUCGGUUGUAUGUAUUACUAGUAGUUUGGGACAAGGAUACGGCAGAUUGGGCCCUCAAGGGCUUUGCUAAUAAAAGUGAUUGAAUGCAA